UUGUGAAUAGUUUAAUCCGGAUUCCAUAUGGCGAGAAAAUCGAGACACCCAUUUCUAGCCUAUCAAAAUUCAUCUACGCAUUUGCCCUUACUAGCCUCUUCACUUCUUCACAAAUUUCUUAUCUUCCAACAAUUCUCGCACCCCAUUGCUCCUAUCAAAGCCAUCACAUUCCUUUCUACUUCCCCUCCACCCCAUCCCCUUAAUGACCUCCUAGCUUCUCCACCUUCUCUUAAAAUGGCCACCAAUCCUCUCCAAUCCCUACACCACCACCACCACCACCACCACCACCACAUACUCCUCAAGCUCCAACCCUCAGACUCUACUGCCACCUCCUCUCUUUUCCUCAAACCCACCACCUCCGUCUCUACCAUCAAGAAUACUUCUCUCUCCCUCUUCCUAUCUUCCUUUUCCUCCUCCGCCACCACUACUUUCUCUGUCUCCCCCACCUCUUCAACUACUACUUCAACUUCUCAAACUUUUUCCCUUGACCUCCUCCACCAACACCUCUCCACCCAAAACUUCCGCCAAGCAGAUGAAGAAACUCGCCGUAUUCUUAUAGUCCUUGCAGGUGAAGCAGCACAGAAACGUGGGUAUGUCUUCUUCUCUGAAGUCCAGUUUAUCUCAGAGAAAGACCUUAAAACCAUUGAUGAAUUAUGGAAACAAUACAGCAACAACAAGUUUGGUUACAGUAUUCAAAAGAGAAUAUGGCAGAAAAAGGCUAACAAAGACUUCAGCAAGUUCUUCCUCAAGGUUGGGUGGAUGAAAAAGCUUGAUACUGAGGUUGAACAAUACAACUAUAGAUCUUUUCCUAAUGAAUUCAUCUGGGAGCUCAACGAUGACACUCCUGAAGGGCACUUGCCAUUGACAAAUGCUCUUAGAGGGACACAGCUUCUGAAUAGCAUUCUUAACCAUCCCGCCUUUGAUGAUAUCAAGGAAGAAGAUGAGGUUGGUGAUGGAGGAAAUGAAAAUGAAGGACCUGAUAAGAGAUUGAAGGAUAAGGAUAAUUCAAAGCCCUUGAACAAGGGAUUGUUUAAACCAAAUUAUAGUUUUUGACUGAAUUAUCAUAUUUGAUAAUUCAAGCACAUACCCAUUACAGGAAGCAAAAAAUUCGAAUCUGGGUUUUAGUAUGUGCAAUGAAAAUGGUGUUUUGAUUUUA